AAAAUUCCCUCUUUUGAUUCUCUCAAUCUCACUCCAAUUUCUGCAAAAUCAAAGCUUUUUUUAAAAUUCAUUUCACUUCUCUGUUUUUGCUCAGAUUGUUCAAACAUUGCAGAUCUUCAGGUUUUUAUUUAUAAGCAGUGAAGCGUUCACUAGUUGUUUAGAAGUUGGUGAAUGUGAUUAAUGGGUAGCAGUGAGAUGGAAAAAUCAGGUAAAGAGAAAGAACCUAAGACUCCACCGCCUUCGUCUUCUUCUUCUGCUCCUGCUACUGCUGUUUCACAGGAACCUUCUUCUGCUGUGAGUGCUGGAGUGGCUACUCAAGAUUGGUCUGGUUUCCAGGCUUAUUCUCCUAUGCCGCCUCAUGGUUACGUAGCAUCAAGUCCUCAACCUCACCCUUAUAUGUGGGGCGUUCAGCAUAUGAUGCCUCCUUAUGGAACACCGCCUCAUCCAUAUGUUGCGAUGUAUCCUCCAGGUGGCAUGUAUGCACAUCCUUCAUUACCUCCGGGGUCUUAUCCAUAUAGUCCCUAUGCAAUGCCUUCUCCUAAUGGAAUGGCUGAAGCUUCUGGCAAUACUGGAAGUGUUGUUGAGGGUGAUGCUAAACCAUCUGAUGGGAACGAAAAAUUGCCAAUCAAAAGAUCAAAAGGAAGCUUGGGAAGUUUGAAUAUGAUUAUAGGAAAGAACAAUGAAGCUGGAAAAAACUCAGGAGCAUCAGCUAAUGGAGCUUGUUCUAAAAGUGCUGAGAGCGCUUCUGAUGGAUCAAGUGACGGAAGUGAUGCAAAUUCACAAAACGACUCUGGCUCUAGACACAACGGGAAGAAUGGUGAAACAGCUUCAGAGAGUGGUGGUUCUGCUCAUGGACCACCCCGUAAUGGAAGUAAUCUACCGGUGAACCAGACCGUCGCUAUCAUGCCAGUGUCGGCUACAGGUGUUCCAGGCCCACCAACAAAUCUAAACAUCGGAAUGGAUUAUUGGAGCGGUCAUGGGAAUGUAUCUGCAGCAGUUCCUGGAGUUGUAGUAGAUGGGUCUCAAUCACAGCCAUGGUUACAGGUUUGUGAUGAGAGAGAGCUUAAGCGACAGAGACGGAAGCAAUCCAAUAGGGAGUCUGCUCGUAGAUCCAGGUUGCGUAAACAGGCGGAAUGUGAUGAGCUAGCACAACGAGCAGAGGUUUUGAAUGGAGAAAACUCAAGUCUUAGAGCAGAAAUUAACAAGCUCAAAAGCCAAUAUGAAGAGCUUCUCGCUGAAAAUAGCUCUCUCAAGAAUAAGUGUUCGUCAGUCCCGUCUCUGGAAGGAGGAGACUUGGACAAGAACGAGCAAGAACCACAGAGAAGUACACGUCAAGAUGUUGCUUAGACCACUCCUGGUUCCUUCCACAACUCAGCUUGACUCAAGAACAGCAGCUAACAGAUCUACGUAAUUUUAGAAACCAGAUUUGGUGUGGUUUCUUUAGUGUUUAAGCUUAAUGGUUCGUUUAAUUAGGGAAAAAAGAGUUACUUCUUUA